AUGAUUCUGCAAAGAACAGAGCUAUUUCUUGUGCUACAUUUUUGUUUUAUCCAGAAGAGGACUCUGAUUAAAGAGCUUGAGAAAGUGAUGGCAGAAGCAGCAACAGACUCCACUGAGGAUGUGUCGGAGGAAACGGGGGACCUGGGACCUCUUGAAUCAGAUGAUGGUGGUACCUUCCAACAAGUCACAAAUCUUCUGAACAUCAUUGACAGCGAGUCAGCAAAGACGGACAUAGCUGGGGCGGGGCUUGACAUGCGGAGGACCCUGGCCUCCGUGAUAAUCACGGAGAAGGCCGCCACCAAGCCCUCUGUGGUGAUGAACGCGCUCAUCCGCUGCCUGCAGGUGCCGGAGAUUUCCACCCAGCGCAAGGUCAACAUUUACAACAUCCUCCAGGAAAUCAUCCAGCAGGAGGGGGAGCUGGAAGAGCAGUGCGUCCAGAGGCUGGUGGCCAUCGCCUCCGAGGAGAUGAGGGCGAUCCCAGAGAUGGAGGGCUACGUGAAGGCAGAGGUGGCCAGUGACACCCUGGUGGCUCUGUCCCGAAACCACUUCAGCUUGGUCAUGUAUGAGCUGCAGCACCACCUCAAGCCACUCAACCUCACCGACGAAUUUGUCAUCAUCACCUUGGCCAAGCUGGCCAACGGCAGCGUGUUUGAGUUCAUGCCAUACAUGGGCAUCACCCUGGCUACCAUAUUCACGAUGCUGAGACUCACCAAUGAAGCCAAGAUGCGCCAGGUGAUAUGCGGUGCCAUGGAGACCUUCUGUGAGACAGUGCAGUUCUACCUGAAGCACUUGGAGGACAGCGUGUACCCAGUGAUGACCGAGGACCAGUUUGCCCUGAAGCUGUUCCCAAUGUACCGCUACUUUGUGACUGUGUGGCUGAGGCACCCCAGCCCCGAGGUGAAGCUGGGGGUGGUCAAGUCCCUGAAGCCCAUGCUGAACCUCCUCCUGCCCAACGAUGACCUGCGGGAGCAGGUCUAUGACUACAUCCCCCUGCUGCUGGCCGAGUACCAGGGCGCCCUGGAGGCCCUCUCCAUCACACAGGUCUUGAGGCAGAUCCUGGAAGUGUCAGUCAUCACCAACACCCCCAUCCCCCAAAUGCAGCUACACACCAUUUUCACAGAGCUGCAUGUCCAGGUGUGCACCAAGGCCCCGGCCCAGCAUCAGUACAGCAGCCAGAACCUGAUGGAGAUCGUGCACUGCUUCAUAGCCCUCGCUCACUCCUACCCCAAGGAGCUGAUGAAGUUCUUCUUCAGCCAGAUGGAGAUGAGCAAAGAGGCCAUCCGCGUGGGGACUCUGACUCUGAUUAGGGCUGUGGUGAGCGCAGAUGAGCCCAAGAUGAAUAUCAGGACCAUCUGCCUGGCUGUCCGUGUGGUCAAGAACUCCCUCUCUGACACGCGGCCCAAGGUAAGAAUGGCUAUUCUCCGCAUCAUUGGCCAGUUGGCUCUGUCUGGCUAUCAAGACAGGAUCAAAGGUUGGGGGUUGAAGUACGUGUCUGUGCAGCUGACCUUAUCCACCUACAAAUUGACAAAUCGCCGGGAGAGCUUUUAUCAGAGGGACUUGGAGGAGAAGAUGGUCCACAAGGUCACCAUGGACACCGUGAGGAUCAUAACCUCUUCCAUCAGUGGGAUGACCAAAGACUUUUGGGUGCGGCUCCUGUGCUACAUCAUGGAGACGGACUACGUGGAGGCCUUGACUCCCAUCUGCAUCAGCCUCACAAACCUGGCUGAACACCAGCUCCACGGCAAGGACAUGGAGGCCAGCAUGGCUGGCAAGAGCAGACAUGUGGACCUGCCUGCACCUCAGAAGCUGCUGGCCCGUCUGUUGGUGCUGAUGUCGUCACCCUACAAGGGGGAGGGCCGUGGCAUAGCCAUGCUCAACCUCCUGAGGAUCCUGAGCCAGAGCAUCGCGCCCUCCAUGGCCGCCACGUGGGAGCUGGAGAUCCCGCUGCUGGUCCACUACCUGGAAGAGCACACCGAGUUCACCUGGGAUCAGAAGGCCUGGGAAGACAAGCUCAUUCAGUUUCUUAGAAACUCCCUCAAGAAGACCCGGGGGUCCAACUGGAGUCUGCGCCUGAGCAAAGAGCUGAACAACCAGAUUGAGAGCUUCGACAGCCCCUCCCUGGAGAAGGGCUUUCUGUACCGGGCUUUGGGCUUCACCUUGGCCACGGGCCUGGAGGCCAACAAGGUGGAGGUGCUGCUGCUGGAGCUGCUGUACAAGACGGACUACAGCAAUGACUUUGACCGGGAGGGCGUGAUUCUGUGCUUUGGCCUGUGUGCCCGGGGCCAGGUGAAGACAGUGCUGAACGUGCUCCAUGACUUUGAGGAGAGGAUCCAGGAGUCAGAGCAGUCCUGGCAGAUCGGUGCUUGGCGGAAGGACCACCCCUGGAGGCGGGAGACUGUGAAGAGUGCCCUCAUGGUGAUGUACAGUUGCGUGGCCUCGUACUGCCACCCCCAGAUGCUCCUCAACCACGUGGACAGCCCCAUCACUGCUAAGAUCAUCCACCACUACUCCAGCAGCUGCCAGGACAUCUGCCUCAAAAUGGCCUUCAUGAAGAGUGUUGUGCAGGUCACCAGUGCCAUCAAAAACGUUAAGGACUUGGAGGACUUUCAAUUUGCCCAAAAGACGACUCUUACUGGUAUUAUAAUGGCGAUCAUCAAGGCAGAGCCUGCGGACCACCUGCUUUCUCCUGUGCGUACCAUGGCGAUGGAAGCCCUCUUGCACCUGAGCAAACUGAAGCCUUUCUACUCCAUGGAGGAAAACAGUGAACUGAUGGAUAUCAGCAUACAUGCUGUAAUUUCUCUCCAACCCCCAGGAGAGGAUAAUGAGCCCAUGAAGACCCUGUAUGUGAAUGCCCUGAGUGCCCUGGAGCAGCUGCAGGAGGGGCUUAUGCAGAGGCAGCUGGACCCCAGGGGCCUGCAGGAGAUGGUGCACCUUCUGGAAAAGUGGAUCUUGUCAGAGAAAGAAGGGGAGCGGGAGAAAGCUAUGAACCUCCACCUCCACCUCAUGCAAAUCUACGGCCAAAGCAUCGGUGUCUGUAUCCCCCUGAAGCUGGGGCAGUUUGGCACGCUGGUUGGACUCAUCGCCCCAUGCACCUGUGACACUCACCGAAGAACCCGCAUGGCAUCAACUAAUGUCCUGUCCAACCUGCUAGAUCUUCAUGCAACCCAGACCUGCUCCUUAUGGGACAUUACCAAGGAGAAGGAGCUGGAGAAAUGUAAGGAGGACCUCUGGGGAAUGGACGUGGAGCAGAUUUUCUGUGUGUCAUCCAGAAUGGCCAAGGUGGUCUGCAUGGAGUUCAAUUGCGACGAAGUGGUCUCGCUCAUCCAGAAACUCUGCGAGAACAUUGGGGCCAUGAACCUGCAGCACGACAAGGCCUCUGUCACCUGGAUAGGCACCUUCCUCCAGAUGCGGGUCAAGGAGCUGGAGGACAAGGUGGCCGAGAUCCUGGGUGCCAUCCUGGUACACCUGCCGGUGGUGGAUCACCUGGAGGUGCGGCGUCUCCUCAUUGAAGGUGUCCUGCUGCUGGCACACUACCACCAGGAGACAGUCCUCACAUCACUCCUGAGGCAGCCCCUGCCCAUGGAGAGACACCUGAUGGAGGUGUGGCUGGCAGUGUCGGAGAACGUGCCUUUUGCCCAGACCAUGCUCCAUAGCCUGAUGGGCCGGCUGCAGUCACGGUUCACUCCCAGGGUCAAUGCUACCUCCAAGGCUGACAUCUGGCGCCUGGCCACAGUGGACCCUCUGAUGACGCUGUGCACCAUCCGCCUUCUCAUUGAGGAGAUGGAUGAGGACGACAGGCUCCCUGACCUCUUUCCCGACCUUGUCUACACACUCCUGCUGCAGCUCGGCAGCAGCCACAGGCCGGAGGCUGCCUCGCCUGUCCUGAAGAUGUGGAGACUGGCCCACACAGGGACCCUGCCCGAGGAGAUGAACCUGCAAAGGAUCACGAUCAAAUCCAUGCAGAUUUUAUUCAAGAGAAUCAACAGCGAGCACCUGGUACACGCCGUAGAAGAGCAGGCAGUGUGGACCCUGCUGGAGAACAGCGCCACAUUCCUGGAGGGCGUGAGCCUGCUGGCCAGGCUGUGCAUGCAGAACGUGGAGGGCUACAGACAGAGGCUGUCGGAGCUGGUGCUCAGGGGCAUGGACUCGGAGGUCCUGAGCUGCCGCAUCAGUAGCACUGCGGUCUGUGUGGAAUUCAUGAGCGACCCGAUCCUGCACCAGCAGAAGCUGCUGAGGCCGGCGGUGCUGAUGCUGGAGAAGGGCGUGGACCAGGAAGAGGACGAGGCCCUGCGGGUGCUCUCCCUGCGCGCCCUCGGCAACAUGGCUCUGGGCGCCCCUAGGAAGGUGAAGCAGCAUCGGAAGCUCCUGCUGGAGAAGUGCCUGGGCUCCCUGAGGGGGCCCGGGAGCCCCAGUGUGGCCGCUGAGGGCAUGGAGGCCCUGACCAAAAUCCUGGCUGAGCUCCGAGAAGGGGACCUGGGCUCCUCCUUCGAUGCCAUCUCCGAGCAGUGCAGGGUCUUCUUCGACAACGACAGCGGGCAGCUGCGUUUCAAAGCCUUCGUGCUCUUUGGGAAGCUGGCAAAGGUGGUGAGGAUUUCCAAGAAGCAUUUCUUCAAAGGGGAAGUGAAGAAAGCCUGGGUCCCCCUCAUGCUGCACUGCCAGGACCCCUGCUCCAACGUGGCUCGAGCCUGCAUGGCCACCAUGUAUCAGUGUGUGCACUUCUGGGGCUGGAAGUCCCUGGAGAGCCCCUCGGGGCGAAGUGAGGCCAAUGCUGAUGACGAGAUGACUGUUUUCCAGAUGGCCAUGUGCUCCAUCCUGACUCAGAAAAAGCCUGCUGUUCUCCACAGCUUCUUGCUAGAGACGAUGACCUAUGUUAAAAAUAACUUCUCAGGGAUCAGAAUUGCUGCCUGCAACUUGGCAGGAAUUAUUAUCAAGCAGAUGUCUGCACAUUAUCUGAAAAAGCUGGACUUUGCAGGAUUACGGAAUUCUCUCCAGGAACUGCAGCUGGACUCGGAGCCUGGGGUCAGGAAGGCAGCCCUGGAGACCCUCAAAGUCUUGGACAGUUGUAGCCAGCACCGGCUUUUGGCUUCACCUGAAGGAAUGUACUAGGUGAUCCAAAUG